CGUGAACCACAUUAAGAGCAACAGAUCAGUUCUAAAUCUACGUUUAUGUUGAACACUAGAGUUCAUGUCGGUAUUAUAAGUGGGCUGGUGAAUUACUGUUUCAAUUUUACUAAACGUUUCGAUUUCAAAUCGCAAAAGCAUUUUGAAACUGCAUAGGGAUUUGUAUAACAAUACUCUUCUGCCUUUAUCAAUUCUACUGCCCGCAUUAUACAUCCUUACACCUAUCAAGCGUAUUUACAGGUCUAUCUUACGUUUUGAAAAUUCACAAUGUCCAUAAAUAUUCAAGAUAUGAAAUUCUUCGAGGGCAAUGGUUCUACACUCAACCCGGACCCUCUUGAAUCGAACUUCUCUAUUUGUGCCAAACCAUCUUCGGAUAUUUGGGACAGUGCACCGGAUACCCAUCGAUUCAAUGCACCUAUCUUGUAUCGAACCAUGCCACUUGAUGCCUUCCAAAGAGCUCAAGUAACAUUUUCUUCCGAAUUUUCUUCCGAAUUCGAACAAUGUGGUUUACUGCUCGUCAUUCGUCGCCAGGAUGGCAGCCACAGCUGGGUCAAGAGCGGAGUGGAGUUCACGCAUGGCUCAACUUAUGUGGGCACCGUGGGCAAGGAUCGAUGGCCAGACUGGAGCAUCGGGCCUCUUUCCACUCCUGGGGCUAAAGUGACAAUAGAGUUACUGAGAGAUCCACUUGGACUGGCGGUGUAUCUUGUGAAAGAGGACGAGGAGAAAGCACUGUUGCGAGAAUUGACAUGGGUUUUCGAUGCACACGGGAACGAAGAAUGUUGGGUUGGAGCAUACGCAGCGAAACCUGGCGCGGCUGGGCCAGAUUUGGUGGCCCACUUCCAGGGACUCAUAAUUGAGCAAAGAAAUUGAUUGCUCAAUGGGCUAUUAUAUCAUAGGUACGGAGUCAGAUUAGUUUAGUUCAAAGCCUUUAAUGAUCAUUAUUUUCUUGUUUCU